AUGGCAUUCGAACCAUCACUCUCUACCAGCGGCAUGCGCCCGCCACUUGCUUCAGCUGAUGCGCCAUCUAUGGCAGACUCGCUACCCAGCAUAAACUUCGGGUUUGACGACCUACGUAACAGCAUGGCUCAAUUCACAAUCAAAUUCGAUGCAUUCAUUGAGCGCGGGCGGAAGAGAGUCUUGGAAGAACGAAACCAGUUUCACAUCAAUAUGGCUGAAUAUGAAGAGGACGAACGUAUGCGCCAGCGCGACAUUGAGAUUCUCAAUCUCAAGUCUCAAACCCACGAACAAACCCUCCAAAAAGAAGCUGCGGAAGCAGCCGAAAUGCACGCGGCGAUUUCGCAAAUCACCCUGGAGCGAGAUAGCCGUCUUACAAAACGCGACCGCUUGAAGCAGCAAAUCGCUGAAACCCAAAAGGCGAUCGCGCAAAAUUGGAGGCACAGAAGGCUCAUGCUCAGAUCUCGUCUAAACUUUCCAGAGCUGGAGUUCUGGCAGGAUUAUCUGUGUAUUCGGAUCGAGGGUGCGGGGCGUGAGGACAGACUCAAGUUUGUCUACAGUCAUCUGUUUGAGAAGGAUUGGGAGGCUGAGGCUUGGUUUGAACUUGGCACUGCCAGUCGUGACUACGAAGUGUUCCACUCGCGACCGAAAUUAGACCAUGACGCGCUGGAGCAUGUCGUGGAUCUCGUUAAUGAUGAUCGGGACUUUGGAGCGUUCUUGAAACGCAUGCGCAAGCUGUUUGUCGAAGCAAUGAACUAG